UGUGAGAAAGAACAGUGGUGAUCGCACUUCAAUGAUUGUCCCAGUGUGGCUUUCUAGCACAGCUAAGAAUAGCAGAGAAAUCUUGGUUUAUGCAUUACUAGAUACACAGAGCAGUAAUACCUUCAUAGACCAAGAUGUCUGCCAAAAAAUUCAAGCGCACACAGAACCUGUCAAAUUAAAGCUGUCAACAAUGACUGACAAGAGUUCAAUAGUGAAUUGUCACAGAGCAGUUGGAUUGAAGGUGAGAGGGUAUUGUUCACAAGAGUGCAUUGAACUACCACCAGCCUACACGCAGGACUACAUCCCGCUGGAGAAAAAUAGUAUUCCAACCCGUGAUACAGCAUCAAGAUGGGUUCACCUUCUCAGUGUGGCCGAAGAGAUGCCAGAUUUGUUGAAUUGUCCUGUAGGACUACUGAUUGGCUAUGACUGUGCAAGGGCUCUAAAACCAAAAGAAGUGAUGUCAGGGGAAGAGCAUGAACCCUACGCAGUCAAGACAGCGUUGGGCUGGAGUAUAGUUGGAGCCACUAUGCCUUGCACUAAUACAAGAAAUGAGACUGGAUUCUGCCAUCGCAUUUCUGUGAAAGAACUUCCACCCAUCACACCCACCUCUGUGAUUAAGGCAUUAGAGAUGGAUUUUCUGGACAAAAAUCCAAAAGACAAGACAAUAUCACAAGAAGAUAUUCAAUUUCUAAAUGUUUUGAAUGAGAAAAUCAAGCACAAUGAAGAGGGACAUCUAGAGAUGCCUCUGCCAUUUAAAGCGCGUCCUCAGCUUCCAAGCAAUAAGCAGCUUGCUACAGUGCGUCUAAAGCAUUUAAGAAGAAAGAUGGAGAAGAAUCCUAAAUACAGGGAGGAUUACAUUAAAUUCAUGGACAAUGUUUUUAGAGAUGGUGAUGCAGAGGAGACAAGUGUGGUCCCUGAAGAAGGCAACAUAUGGUACAUUCCACACCAUGGGGUGUAUCACCCUAGGAAGCCUGAAAAAAUAAGGGUCGUAUUCGAUUGCUCCGCCAAAUUCGAGGGCACCUCUCUGAACGACCACCUGCUCACAGGCCCAGAUUUAACGAACACUUUGACUGGAGUCCUGUGUAGAUUUCGACAACACAAGAUUGCGAUCAAUUGCGAUGUGGAAAAAAUGUUUCAUCGCUUUCACGUCAGCCCAGAAGAUCGGGAUUUCAUGAGGUUCCUGUGGUGGGACAAUGGGAACACGGAAAGUGAGCCCAAGGAAUACCACAUGCGAGUGCACAUAUUUGGUGCUGCGUCAUCACCGGGAUGUGCUAAUUAUGGCAUGAAACACCUUGCCAGUAAAUAUGAGAAGAGCCAUACACUGGCAGCAAGUUUCAUUCGCAAGAAUUUUUAUGUGGAUGACGGGCUGGUCAGUGUCAAUUCGGUUGAAAUAGCCAACCAGCUCAUUAGUGAAGCGCGAGAACUCUGUAGUAAGGCACAGCUGCGUUUACAUAAAUUUGUCUCCAACAACAGAGAUGUUUUGAAUGCAAUACCAGAGAGUGAACGUGCUAGAACUGUGGAAGAUGUAGACCUGAACUACAGUGAGCUUCCAAUACAGAGUGUACUGGGAGUAAAGUGGAACGUUGAGAGAGAUGCAUUUUCAUUCAAUGUCGUCCGCACAGAAAAGGCAGCCACACGGAGAGGAAUCCUAUCAACAGUCGCCAGUGUUUAUGACCCACUGGGAUUUCUUGCUCCCUACCUCUUGAAUGGUAAAAGAGUGUUGCAAGAGAUGUGCAAACAGGGUAUGGGAUGGGAUGAACCUGUUCCCCCUGAACUAAAGUCAAGAUGGGAAGCAUGGCUCCAUGACUUAGAGAGUCUUCAAAAAAUUGAAAUUCCAAGGUGCUUCAUUCCUGAAACCCUUGGCACGAUCCAAAAAAUUGAGCUGCAUCAUUUUUCAGAUGCCAGCAACAACGGCUAUGGGCAGUGCUCAUAUAUCAGGAUCGUUGCAGAUGAGCAAGUGCACUGUACAUUAGUAAUGGGUAAGGCCAGAGUGGCACCCAUAAGGGUUGUCAGCAUACCCCGACUUGAGCUAACAGCAGCUACGGUGUCUGCUUCUGUUAGUAAUACCCUCCGAGAAGAACUGGAGCUGGAAAUAGAUCAAGAGUUUUUCUGGACCGAUUCACAGGUGGUGCUCGGGUACAUUAAAAAUGAAGCCAGACGAUUUCAUGUAUUUGUAGCCAACCGUGUUCAGAAGAUAAGGGACUCUACUGAUCCUAGUCGAUGGUUCUAUGUUGAGACGGGUCAGAAUCCAGCAGACCAUGCAUCUAGAGGUCUCAAGGUGGCAGAUCUUCUAGAAUCAAGUUGGCUGAGAGGACCAGAGUUCUUAAGGGAACCAGAAAUUUUUACAGAUCAAAGAACACCAGAGCUUCUUGUGGGCGACCCAGAAGUAAAGGUCUUAAAAACUGAUACUGUUGAACAGGACAGCUUCUUGAAAAGGCUGUCAAGAAUUUCUGAUUGGAACACAGCCCUCAAUGUCAUUGCUCGGAUCCAAAGACUGGCACAUAAAGACAAAACUGGACCCAUCAGUGUUGAGGAACGAAGAGAAGCUACGCUUGUGCUCAUCAGAGCAGCACAGAGAGAGGCCUUCGAAGCAGAACUCAAAUGGUUUAGCCAAAAGUCCAUGAAAUUGCCAAAAACUCACAAGAUGCAACAACUUGAUCCAAUAUUUGAGAAUGGAUUGCUCAGGGUAGGAGGCAGAUUAAGAAUUUCUUCUGCAUCCCUGGAAUUAAGGCAUCCGGUGAUUUUACCAAAGGAAGGCAUUGUCACACAGCUGAUACUUGACCAUUGUCAUAAGAAGACACAGCACCAAGGCCGAGGGCAAACAUUGAAUGAGCUCAGAGCCAAUGGUUUUUGGAUAUUAGGUGCUAGCAAGUUGGUGGCCAAGUAUAUUAAGAACUGUGUCACUUGCAGAAAGGUUCGUGGGCCGACAGAACAACAACGUAUGGCAGACCUGCCCAGUGACCGAGUUGAACCCUCUCCUCCGUUCUCAUACGCUGGGAUUGAUUGUUUCGGCCCUUUCUACACCAAACAGGGUCGUAAAGAACAUAAGAGGUAUGGUCUAUUGUUUACAUGCCUCAGCUCUAGAGCCAUCCACAUAGAAAUGUUGGAGGACCUCACCACUGAUGCAUUUUUAAAUGCUUUGAGAUGCUUUAUAGCAAUCAGAGGAGCAGUAAGACAGAUUCGCUCUGACCAGGGUACAAAUUUCCUUGGAGCAAAGAAUGAAUUGAAGAAGGGUCUAAUGGCUCUAGACAAGGACCGGAUUGUGACUUUCCUUGCAAGAAAGCAGUGUGACUUCCUCAUGAAUGUUCCUGAAGCAAGCCACAUGGGGGGCAUUUGGGAACGCCAGAUACGGACGGUUAGGAGCGUCAUGAGCACUGUUCUGGCACAAGCUAAUGGAAGACUUGAUGACACCUCAUUGAGGACAUUUUUCUAUGAGGCUAUGUCGAUUGUAAAUAGUCGUCCGCUCACCACAGACACUAUCAAUGAUCCUAAGAGUGUUGAGCCUUUAACACCUAAUCAUUUGCUCACAAUGAAGUCUAUUGUGCCCCUCCCACCACCAGGCAAUUUUGUAAAAGAAGAUUUAUAUGCCAGAAAACGGUGGCGUAGAGUGCAAUACUUAUCGGAGCAAUUUUGGAGCAGGUGGCGCAAAGAAUACCUGGCUAACAUAAGCCUGAGGCAGCGAUGGCAUGUGCCCAGAAGGAAUGUGAGGGUGGGAGACGUAGUUAUUGUCAAGGAGGACAAUGUUCCCAGAAACGAAUGGAGACUUGCCAGAGUGGUCGAAGCAAGGAAGGAGGAUGAUGGUUUGGUGCGCAAGGUCAAAAUUCAAAUAGGCCACAGUAAGUUAGGUAAGCAAGGUGAACGCUUAACACAACCAACCUUUCUUGAACGUCCAGUUCAAAAACUAGUGGUGCUAGUUGAGCAGAAUACAUAGGCUAGUAUCACAAUAGCGUUUAGCGCUGCUGUUAAGGGUUAAGCUGUUACACAAAAUAGGUGUGAUAGUUAUUUUCUUAUUUGGGGAAAAUUACAAGAUGUAUUUCAUUGGUUUAAAAUAGAGGUAACAUAAAUCUUUGUAAUUUUGGUGGCAGUGUAGCUGUCGCUGAGAGUAUUGUUUAUUCAUUUAUUUUUUGUUGUUUUGAUGGUUUUGUGUAUGGAUGCUUUUGUUUAUGUAGUUGACGAUGUAUAUUGAGUUGUGAUUAUGAUGACCCCUGCUGGUCAUGUGAUGGGCGCACUGAAUGGUGGGAAAAAUGUGCAGUCUGUUUUUUUUUUGGAGCUACGAUAUAUGAGCGGAGUUCGAGUUUGGCAGCUCCUGAUUUUCUGGUUGGAAGGCGCACACGUUUUUCACGGUGUUUGGUUCAGUUUGGAAAAGAUAGACAAUAAAGCUCAAUCAAACAUC